ACCUCACUCCAUGGUAUCUGCAAUUACUAAUCCCUAUACCCACCCAGAUAUCUCCGACGCGCUUAGUGAAGCCGCCAGCAAUGUCUUUCACCAGCUCGACCAAGGAAUCGUCCACAAAACCGACUUGGAGCUCUUCAACCGUUUGCUAAUAAAUAGUACCGUACCUCAACUGUUUGUGGAGUCGUUGAUCCCAGCGAUUGACCAAGCAGUAAAAGCUCCCGACUACUACGAAACCGACCCCGAUUUCGUGCUCAUUGCCAUCUACGAGACGUUAUUAUCGAAGUUGCCGCCUGCAACUGUCUUGGAAUACUACCCCAUCCAUUUCAUCACCGAGAACAUCCAGUACGCCAACCAGUUCAGCUUAUUAAUAUUGAAAAUCAUCACUCGAAACCACUCCCAGAUCGAGUUGGUGUCCAAUGGCUUGCUCCACACCAUCUUGCUGCUUUACUUGAAAGACGCAGAUGUAAUGAUUCCAAUUGCCAGUGCAAUUCAGAACUUGGUGCUAGUGCUCAGUGAUGAUCACAACAUCAUUUCAGAGUUGAACACUGCCAAAUUUAAGGAGCUAUUUGCAAAUGCCAAAACUUCGGGAGACUCGGUGUUGAUAUCGCGGCUCUUGGACUUGAUGGUCGUCUUGGCUCCCGCCGUACAAUUCGACCUAGGUUUUCCUAUUGGAGGAGACGUUCUCUUGGACCUCUUGAAGAUCGACUUUUAUCAAAACCUCAUCAAUAAGGAAAACACCCAUAUCUUCGAAGCCAUUUCAACUCCAGUGAAUCGUAUCUUGGCCUUGUACAACACCAGAACUACUGAUGCCGAAAUUGAGUCGUUUUUGGCAACCGAAAUCGCCAACCUCAUUGCCAGCAUCACCUUUGCAUUUCCUGACUGGGAGCUUCCGGGGCUCAAGUCGUACAACUUAUACCUUGACUUGGCCUCAGACGUGUUGCUUUUGAGCAAGAUCAACCCGGCGAAAUUCGACGACGAUUUGCUUGAGUUUGUAGUUGACUAUUCGUUGUUCAGCACCAAAUACUUUCGUAUCUUGUUGAACUUGGUCAAGUCUCAAAAGGCCCUUCACUUUUUGGUACAACAUGAUAAAAUCACUGCUAGUCUCAUCAAGAACUUAUCGUUGGACAUGCUCUUUGACCUCUUGGUCGAGUUAACCUCGACAGAUUUCGGGGUUCACUACCUACUCAACAGCUUGCCGAGCAUAGUCACCGACUUUAUCAUCAACGACCUGGCCAUUAGCUCCGAUGUCUAUAUCGCCAAACUCGAGGUUUUUGAACACUUGCUCUUCCAAGAUCAUGAUCUAACAAUCUGGAACGACCAACUUGUGGAUGCUUAUAAGUUGAUGAAGAACGGACGAAAUAUCAGACACGAAGCAAGGGUUGAAAUUGCAGAUGAAGCGGUGUAAUCUAAGUUCUUAUAUUAAUGCAAAUGUGUUUAUCUUCUACUCUACAUAGUCAAUUACUUGGGACGCUUCAGCUCAUCUAGUCUCUUAACAAUCACAAACACCCAACUCGACACAAUGGUCCCAACAACAAUCCAUAUCCACAUCACCCCUAUAUUCACCCCCAUGGUCCCCUUCCACGAAUCAAAGAACACCACCCGCAUCAACUGAUAGGUGUUGUACAUGGGAAGCGCAUAUCCAAUUCUAUAGGACCUGGGCAUGAGUUCAAACGGCGAAAAGGUGGUGGCCAAGUUCACCACCACGUUAAGAAUCGUGCAAGGAGCCACCAAGUACGGUUUCUCGUAGGCCAUCACCAACGAAAUAACCGUGUCACUUAUGAACCCAUUGGUGAGAAUGAACAUGUAAAGAAUCAUCCAGAGCACCAAAAAGCCCGAGUGUCCAAAAGUAUCUGUGACGGAAAUCUGGAACGCUAGGGUUGCCAAACAAUAGACAAGACUCAAAAACAACGCGUUGAAGUUUGAAGCCGCCCACCGGAAGAAAAGGUAGCUUCUGGUACUUAUUUUUUCACGAACCACCUUAUAGAUGGUCUGGAAGAACAUAAAUUGGUAUACCGUGAAUAACUGGGCGUACACCAACCCAAGCUGUGAAGGUCCCAACACACUGAUAUCCAGAGAAGCCCCCAAAUCGACUUCGUUGAUGGUCGGUUUGAGGGUCAUUAGUGGAACUGUUUCGUUGUUUCUUAGAAGCAGCACUUGCUCACUAGCAGAUAGCAGUUGCAAAAUAGUACUUUGGGUGUUGAAACUACCGUUAUUGACCCACAACGUCUCAAGAACCUCCAAGCUGUACCUGUAGGUGGUGGAGAACGUCGACAAGUGCCGUGACUUCAAGUAAUACCAGUUGAUAAAAUAUGGUAUGAGAGUUGCAGCCGAAGCAUUCUGCGACUGAAUGGCUUCGUACAAGCCAGCGGUUACAUUGGGCCCAAUUACCACCGCCCCCCAGUACUUCUGGUGGCGCACCAUCUGGGCCACCCGGGCGGUGAUGUUUUCACCAGCGUUGAAGUACAGCAGGUUUACUAUUGUGAACCCACACCGGGCCUGAGCCCAUGAAUCAGUAGUGACAAAGUCCACAAAGUCCCGCCCGAUCCCGGGGAUUUCGGUCCCGUUGACCCGUAUGGGACUGUCAAGAUCCACCAAUAGCGUCUUUUGGUUGGACAAGCGGCUUUCGCGAUGGUAGAAGGAUCCCCAGUAAAUGGAUAAUACGGUGAUAAGAAUGAGAAACAACAGAACGUACACCGUCAAUGCAGUCCUCAAAAUGCCCCACAUGUUGGCGGGCGUGGUCUUGGUGGUGGAUUUGGUGAGCUCUAGCGGUUUUUUUGCAUCCGCCAGGCCGGUGCUGGAAGUAUCUACCAAUGGCUUGGGGUCUUUACCCGCAUCUUGAGAUGACGAGGACGGUCCCACGGCCGAGUCCGUGGUUUGGGGGUCGGUGACCAGGUUGUUUUCUAGGUCGCUGAGAGACUCCAACGGGUCCAACGAGUCACCCCUGUAUCGAGAGUGGGAAGUCAUUGUAUAUUGUUGUGUUGCUCGAGUUU